AUGUUGGAUGUAAGGAGUUUGUCUUUAAAAAAAAAAAGAAAAUGCAAGAUUUUUUUUAUUGUAUUUCACCUGCUUAUUAUUCUCUCUUUUUUCUUUCCUUCUUUUUUCUUUCCUUCUUUUUUCUUUCUUUCCUUCUUUUUUCUUUCUUUCCUUCUUUUUUCUUUCUUUCCUUCUUUUUCUUUCUUUUCCUUCUUUUUUCUUUCUUUCCUUCUUUUUCUUUCUUUUUUUUUUUUUUUCUUUCCUUUUUUCUUUUUUUUUUCGUUUUUUUUCUUUUUUCUUUUCUUUUCUUUUCUUUUUUCAUUCUUUUCUUUUUUUUUCUUUUUCUUUUUUCUUUUUUCUUUCUUUUUUCUUUCUUUUCUUUUAUAUUUUCUUUUCUCUUUUUACUUUUUCUAUUUUCUUUCUUUUUCUAUUUUACUUUCACUUUUUCUUCUUUCUUUCUUUCCUUUUUUCUUUCUUUCUUGUUUUUCCUUCUUUUCCACUCACUUUUUUUACCUUCUUUUUCUUCUCUCCUUUUUCUGCACUUUCUCUUUCAACUUUUAG